AGGAGAAGAAGAUGGCGGAUUUGUCCAUCCUGGCCUUCUCCAUGAUUGUGGGCGCCGUCGCCAGGUCUCCGGUGCUGGCGACUUACCGCCAGCACCCCGGGCUGCAGCAACGGCUCCGAGACUGCCGAGUGGACUUGAGCUUUGCCCUCCAUCGCGGAUGGGCCAUUGAGGGAGCUGUUGGCAGCGACUUUAAGAUCGAUGCCUCGUACAUCUCACCCAAUGUGAGUGUUGCCAGUAGCAUCGAGCACGCAACUAGGCAGUAUGGCAUCAGGAUCCUGGUGUCCGAGACGGUCAGAGAGAUCUUGAGCAAGGAGGUGAGCGCAAAGCUUCGGCUCAUCGACAAGGUCACCAUCAAGGGCUCCCGGGUGCCUUUGGAGCUGAGCUGUCUGGAUCUCGACUUCCGUCGGGUGCAGGUGGAGGACCGCCCGGAGCUUCCCAUUGUGUGGAACUCCCGGUAUCGCUUCAAGUCCCGGCAUGCCAUCGAGGUUCGGAAGAACCAUCUCUGGACUGACCAAUUCUCCAAGGCACACAUCAUGAAUAAGGACCCUCACUUCCAGGAGAUGCGCACGGAGUAUACCACCGUGUUCAUGCAGACCUUCAACAUGGGGUACCAGAACUACUCCCAGGGAGAGUGGCAAGUUGCGAAGAACCUGCUCACCAAAACGCUCUCCAUGCGGGGGGAGAAGGAUGGGCCCAGCGAGGCGUUGCUCAGAUUCAUGGAGAAGGACAACUUCAAGGCGCCCGAUGGUUGGCGAGGCAUCCAUGCGCUGGAGGAGGCGUAAAAGAGGCACCGCAGAUUUCACGUGCGGCUCUCUUGCAAUCAGAGUCAAUGAUCACAAAGCUGCCGCACCCGCGUGACAGUGCUUCAUUCACAACAGCUUACUUCGAGCGAGUGGGCCGAUGCAGCAUCCAACAAAGGUAACGUCUAAAUGUCGACCCCGGAUUCAUAAA